CUGUGGCUUGCUCACAGGGCUGGGGGUUACUCAUGCACGUGUGCCCUCCUCCCGUGGGGCUGAGAGAGCGUGGGGAGCCCCUCUUGACAAGUGCAACCUCGGGUUGGUUCCAGGAAGGAUGGCAAAGGCAGCCCGCUCUUGCUCACUGGCCCUAUCCAGAGACAAUCCUGACUAGAGGCAGAUGUCCCUAGUCUCUGUCUCCCUUCUUCCAGGGGCUCUGAUGGUCAGGCACCCCAACUCCUGCAUUAACAAUCGGGGCAACCCUGGCCACCCACUGCCAGGGCGGAGACUGUGUGGUUUGUGACCUCAUUACAGGGACAGGCAGGUGGCCUGUCACAAUGAACAGGCCAGGACAUCCCAGGCCCUCUAGUCCUGUGCCUAGGAGCCAGGGCUACCCCUCAGACGUCAAUGCCUCGGAGUUGGGGGCUGGAACAUGCGGCAGAGGCCCCGACCACACCCUGCCAUUUGCCAGACUGUCCCGACCGUGGCGUUGCCUGAGCCGGCCUCCACAGCCGCCUUUCCCUUUCCCACCUCCAUGGACUUGCCCCAGAGCAGCUAGAGUCCCAUGUCCUUCCGCACCCCGAGCACGGCGCCCCGGCCCCCGCUGCGCUGCGAGAUGCGUGUCCUGCUCACACUUAAUGACCACAGCUUCCUGGUGCUCCGCAGCUCCGUCAUGGGCCUCCUCUCCUCCUGUGCUCAUGUCCCCUGUCCCCCACCAGCCCCAACAGGUGCCAAGAGGGCGCUCCCUGCCAGCAGCAGCCAGGUGUCCCACGGUCCUGAACCUGGCAGCCAGCCACUGAAGACACGCACGUUGUCAGGGAUGGCAUCAAAGACCACCACCACUAUCACCCCCAAGCGCAUCGCCCACAGCCCAUCACUCCAGAGUCUAAAGAAGCCCGUUAUCCCAAAAGAAUUUGGUGGCAAGGUCCCCACUGUGGUCCGCCAGCGCUAUCUCAACCUCUUCAUCGAGGAGUGUCUCAAGUUCUGCCCGUCCAACCAGGAGGCCAUUGAGAAGGCGCUGAAUGAGGAAAAGGUGGCGUAUGAGCGCAGCCCCAGCAAGAACAUAUACCUGAACGUGGCUGUGAACACCCUCAAGAAGCUGCGGGGCCUGGUCCCCAACACCGUGCCCAGCCUCAGCAAAGCCAGUGGCCGCAGAGUUGUGUCCCAUGAGGUGGUGCUGGGAGGCAGAUUGGCAGCCAAAACCAGCUUCUCACUGAGCCGCCCCAGCAGCCCACGGGUGGAGGAGCUGAAAGGGAACGCCUUGUACAGCCGUCUCAGGGAGUACCUGCUCACUCAGGAGCAGCUCAAGGAGAAUGGCUACCCCUUCCCCCACCCAGAGCGCCCGGGGGGCGCCGUCAUCUUCACAGCUGAGGAGAAGACGCCCAAGGACCCCUCCUGCAGAAUUUGCUGUCGCUGUGGCACCGAGUACCUUGUGUCGUCCUCGGGCCGCUGUGUGCGCAGUGAGGAGUGUUACUACCACUGGGGACGGCUGCGGCGGAACCGAGUGGCUGGGGGCUGGGAGACUCAGUACAUGUGCUGCUCAGCUGCGGUUGGCUCUGCGGGCUGUCAGGUUGCCAAGCAACACGUGCAGGAUGGCCGGAAAGAGAACCUGGAGGGCUUUGUGCGUACCUUCCAGAAGGAGCUGCCUGAAGAUUCCCACGCAGGGGUCUUUGCCCUGGACUGUGAGAUGGUGAGUCUGGGCUCCUGGGAACCUGGUGCUGUGUGAGGCCG